AUGUCAGAUAAUUACUUAGUGAUAGGAGGUGAUGGUUUCGUGGGGCGAUGGAUCGUAGAAAUGCUUCUUAAGCGUGGUGAAAAAAAUGUAUCAGUUUUUGACAUUGCACAACGAUAUUUUGAUAAAGAGGUUACACAUUAUGUUGGUGACCUUAGUAAUUACAAUGACAUUGAUAACGCCAUUCGAAAAAGUAAUGCUACGAGCGUGAUCCACACAGCGUCUCCGCAUUAUGGCUCAUCCUCUAAUGAAUUAUUCUGGAAGGUUAACGUCGAUGGAACAAAAAAUGUUAUCGAUUCUUGUGCUGCUAAUGGUGUGAAGAAAUUGGUGUAUACUAGUAGUGGAAGUGUGAUUUACGACGGAGUUAACGAACUAGUUAAUGCGAAUGAGACUACACCUUUGCCUGAAAUACCUAUGGAUGUUUAUACCGAAACAAAGGCAAAAGGCGAAAGGCUUGUGCUCGAAGCUAAUGGAACUAACGGCCUUCUUACAUGUGCCAUUCGUCCAAGUGGUAUUUUUGGCCCGAAUGACAAACAGUUUAUUCCACCUGCAAUUAGAGUUAUGGAGCAAGGACAAACAAAAUUUCAAAUUGGUGACAAUUCCAAUUUAAUGGACUGGACUUAUGUUGAAAAUGUUGCCUAUGCACAUUUAUUGGCUUCUGAUAAAUUAUUUGAUGGAAGUCCGGUCGCAGGAGAGGCAUUUCAUAUCACAAAUGAUACACCGAUACCAUUCUGGGACCUGUUAAGAUUUUUUUGGGCUCAAUUUGGACAUUAUCCACCAUACAUUAUUAAAUUUCCAAAAUCAGCAGGUUUUAUAAUUGCAUCGUUAGCUGAAUUAGCAAGUUAUUUUACGGGAAAAGAACCUGGGUUUACAAGACAAAGAGUAAGGUUUAGUUGUAAUAAUAGAUAUUUUAAUAUUGACAAGGCAAAAAGAUUGUUAGGUUAUGAACCUUUAGUUGAUUUAGAAGAAG